AUGGCCGACCUAUCAACCUGCCUACCCCUAACCCGGGCCUCCGUCGUCGAAGCCCACAAGCUCGUCAAGCCGCACGUCCACUACACCCCCGUCCUCACCAACAAGACCCUCACGGCGUUGGCAUCGACGCCGCGGACACCCGAAGACCUCAAGGGCACGAAAUGGGAGGGGCGCACGCCGGCCAAGCCCGUGCUCCGGCUGUGGUUCAAGUGCGAGAACCUGCAGCGCAUCGGUGCCUUCAAGGUCCGCGGUGCCUUUCACGCCGUGGAGAGGUUGAAGCAGGAGCCUGGGUGGGCUGAGGGCGGCGGUAAAGAGAAGGGUGUUGUUACGCAUAGCUCGGGAAACCACGCUCAAGCACUAGCUCUCGCCGCCAGAGAAAGCGGCAUCCCAGCACACAUCGUCAUGCCGGACAUCUCCCCGCCCAACAAGAUCGCCGCGACGCGCGGCUACGGCGCCAACGUAGUCUUCAGCGGCAGCACCAGCGUCGAGCGCGAGGCCGUCGCCGACCGCGUCAUCUCCGAGACGGGCGCCCGCCUCGUGCCGCCCUACGACCACCCGGACAUUAUGCUGGGCCAAGGGACGAUGGGCCUCGAGUUGCAGGAGCAGGUCCGCGAUCUCCUGGCCGCGGGCCACUCUGCAGAGAACCCGACGUUCAACUCCACGGGCCUUCCCGUGGCUGCUGUAUCCAAUGGUGAUGACGGAGAGAAGAAGGAGAAGAGGGGUCUGAAUGCGAUCAUGACCCCUUGCGGAGGCGGCGGCAUGCUCUCCGGCGUAGCGCUGAGCUGCGAGGGGACGGGGAUCAGGGUGUUCGGCGCGGAACCCGAGUUCCAGGGCGCCGACGACUGCAAGCGCGGCUUCGAGAGUGGGAAACGCGUCGAGAGUGUAAAGACGCUGACGGUCGCCGACGGCCUGCGGACGCCCGUGGGCAAGCACCCGUGGUCCGUCAUCUACGAGCGCCGGCUGGUGGAUAAUAUGUACAGCGUGUCCGAGGAGGAAAUCAAGGCGGCGACGAAGCUCGUCUUUGAGCGGUUCAAGCUCGUGGUCGAGCCGAGCGGUGCGGUGCCGCUUGCGGUGGCGCUGUUUAAUGAGGAUUUCAGAGCCAUGGUGGAGAGGGAGGCUGGUGAGACGGGGUGGGAUUUGGGAUUGGUUUUCAGUGGUGGGAAUAUGGCGCUGGAGGGGCUCAUGAAGAUUUUCGCGGCGUGA